AUUAGCUAGCGAAAAAUGUACACUAGAUUCUUGCAAAGUUUUGGCAGUAGCGUCAGGUGCAUGGCCACGAAAGCCACACCAAAGGUGAGGCCGAUAAACAAAAUUUUAAUAUCCAAUCGUGGCGAGAUAGCAUGUCGCGUUAUUCGAACUGCCCGCAAGCUAGGUGUGCGUACUGUGGCUGUCUAUUCCGAUCCCGACGAGCAUAGCCUGCACACAGAGUUGGCCGACGAAGCAUAUCGAGUUGGCGAGGCGGCCUCGUAUUUGCGUGGCGACCGAAUUCUGGAGAUUGCCAAAAAGUCGGGUGCCCAAGCAAUACAUCCCGGGUAUGGCUUUCUCUCCGAGUCAGUGGAGUUUGCGGAGCUGUGUCAAAAGGAAGGUGUCAUCUUCAUGGGUCCACCCAGCUCGGCAAUUCGCGACAUGGGCAUCAAAAGUACAAGUAAGGCCAUUAUGGCAGCUGCGGGAGUGCCCAUCAUUAAUGGAUAUCAUGGUGAUGACCAAUCGGAUGCGUGCCUGCAGGCAGAGGCAGCCAAAAUUGGGUUUCCCCUAAUGAUCAAGGCGGUUCGUGGUGGAGGCGGUAAAGGCAUGCGAAUUGCUGAGAAACCCGAAGAUUUCCUCACAGCUUUGAACUCGGCGCGCACUGAAUCAUUGAAGGCCUUUGGCGAUAGUUCUGUGCUGCUCGAGCGCUACGUGCGCUCUCCCCGUCACGUAGAGGUCCAGGUGUUUGCUGAUCACUAUGGCGAUGCUGUCUACCUAUGGGAGCGCGAUUGCUCCGUACAGCGUCGGCAUCAAAAAAUUAUUGAGGAGGCACCAGCACCUGGUCUAUCGGAAGAACUGCGUCGCGAACUGGGCGAAGCUGCCGUUCGCGCAGCUAAGGCCGUGGGCUAUGUGGGUGCGGGCACUGUUGAAUUUAUACUGGACAAAGAGGAUUUGUCUUUUCACUUUAUGGAGAUGAAUACGCGCCUGCAGGUCGAGCAUCCCAUAUCAGAAAUGAUUACCGGCACCGAUCUCGUCGAGUGGCAGAUUCGCAUUGCCGCCGGCGAGCCACUGCCGCUGACUCAGGCCCAGAUCAUUCGUCGUGGCCAUGCGUUCGAGGCACGCAUAUAUGCAGAGAAUCCACGCGGAGGCUUUCUGCCCGGCGCCGGUCCUUUGCGCUACCUGAACACCCCAAAGCCAAGUGCUGAGGUGCGUGUGGAGACGGGCGUGCGUGAAGGCGAUGAGGUAUCUGUGCACUACGAUCCCAUGAUUGCCAAAUUGGUCGUCUGGGGCGAGAAUCGCACGCAAGCGCUAAACUCGCUGAUUGCCCGCUUGGGUGAAUAUCAUAUUUCUGGCCUCGAGACGAACAUCAAUUUUCUCAUUGAUCUGGCUUCCCACCCGGAGUUCCAGCAGGCUAAUGUGCACACUGGAUUCAUCGAUGAACACUUCGAUACACUCUUUCCGCCAAUUGUCGUUGAGCAGCGGCAACUGAGCCAAGCCGCUCUGUCGCUGAUCUUCAAUGAGCUUCAGGCUGCGCAUAGCAAUGCCAGCAAUGGACAGGAUCCUUUUGCUGCUGCAGCAAAUAUACGUCUCAAUUAUGCGCUAAUUCGCAGCUAUAGCUUGAAGGCACAUGAGAAAGUUUAUGCCGUGGAUGUAAAGUAUGAUAAUGGUGACAUCGAAAUCCGCGUCGACGGCGGCGCUUGGCAAGUGAUUAAGGCCGAACGCGUGCAGGAUGAUGGACGCUUGAAGAUACGCGCCAACAUUGAUGGCAACAUAUCCACCUACAGUGCCAACAUCGACGGUGGAAAUGUAACGCUAUUCUUGGAGAAUGGUAAAUUAGACUUUGAACUGGUGCAGCCGAAAUUCCUAAGCGCCCAAGCUGAUCAGCUGGGCAGCGGCGGCUCUCGUGUUGUGGCGCCCAUGCCUGGCGUCUUGGAAAAAAUCUUGGUGCAGCCCGGAGAUGUAGUCAAGAAGGGCGACAGUCUAGCUGUGCUUAUCGCUAUGAAAAUGGAGCACAUUUUGAAAGCCCCAAAGGAUGCUACAAUUAAGUCAAUAGGCGGAGCUGUUGGCGACAAUAUGGCCAAGGGCGCGGCAGUCAUAACAUUCGUUGACGAUGACGUCAGCAACUAAGGAAUCGAAUGGGAUUCAGCUGAAACUUGUUGCAUUUAUUUUUUAUAGAACUUUAAUUGCUGCAUUUAUAGCUGUGCCUCGAAAUUGAUCGUUGAUCAGUUUUAAGCGAAACCACGUGCAUUUAUUAGAUUUAAGCGUAAAUAUGUCCAUUUAAUGGAGCUAUGUUAUAACUUGUCCCUUGACAAUAAAAUAAAAUACUGGGUGUUAUUGUUUUA